AUGGUCGUCCUAGCCAACAUCAUCGUCCCUCUCUACAUCUACCCUCUCCAAAACCAAAACAAAUGGAAACCACUCACAGACGCCGCAAUCGCCCAUCCAAACAUCACCUUCACAGCAGUCAUCAACCCCAAUUCCGGCCCAGAUCCUCAAGAAGACGGAUGUCCCAAUACAGAAUACAUCAACGCCAUCCACGAACUCAACACAACCCCCAACAACAACAUCCUCACCAUGGCCUACAUCCACACAGCAAACCGUUUCAACUGCGGCCCUUACAAUUCCUACAUCUGUCCCGCUUCCCGUCCAAUCGAGGAACUCUACAAUGAAAUCUCCAUCUAUAAAAGCUGGUCCACAUUGAAUUGCGCCAAACCCUCACAAACUCCCUCAAACCCAGAUAUCCACAUGACAUCCCUCUUCAUAGACGAAUCCCCCAAUCYCGACCAGGGGGCCAAUCUCACAUACAUGACCUCCCUAACCUCUUAUGCCAAAUCCCCCACCACAGGUUUCGUAGACAGCGCCUCCGGAGGCAAAGUCCUCUUCAACGCCGGCGGAGCCACAGAUCUCUCUUACUUUGACGUGGCGGACGUGAUUGUGAUUUUGGAAAAUAAUCAAACUGUCUAUGAGAGUUAUGAGGAUAUUGGAAUUUUGAAUGGUGGGGGGAGGUUUUCGGGGAAGAGUAGUGUUAUUAUGUAUGCGCAUGAGGGGAGUAAGGAGGUGGUUAGGAGGGAUGUUGAUACGAUUUUGAAUAAAGGGAGGGAUGGGUUUGAGAGUUUGUUUUUGACGGAUUCUGGGGGGGAUGGAUUGCAGUAUACGAGGUUUCCUAGUGAGGGGUUUUGGGAGGUGUUUUUGGGGGAGGUGGAGAGGGUUGCUGAGGUGAAUCGGGGGUUUGUUUGA